AAAUAAACUUUCUUUGUUGUGUACAGGUUCUCGUAAACACUGCCUGCUGUGUUUUGAUGUUGGUGGCUAAGCUCAUCCAGUGUAUUGUGUUCGGCCCUCUGCGGGUGAGCGAGAGGCAGCAUCUCAAAGACAAGUUUUGGAAUUUUAUUUUCUACAAGUUCAUUUUCAUUUUUGGUGUGCUGAAUGUCCAGACGGUGGAAGAAGUGGUCAUGUGGUGCCUCUGGUUUGCUGGACUUGUAUUUUUGCACCUGAUGGUUCAGCUCUGCAAGGACCGAUUUGAAUAUCUUUCCUUUUCUCCCACGACACCCAUGAGUAGUCAUGGUCGAGUCCUGUCGCUGCUGAUUGCUAUGCUGCUUUCCUGCUGUGGGUUAGCGGUGGUCUGCUGUGUCACAGGCUACACCCAUGGGAUGCACACGUUGGCUUUCAUGGCUGCAGAGUCUCUUCUUGUGACAGUGAGGACUGCUCAUGUGAUUUUACGCUACGUAAUUCACCUCUGGGACCUCAACCAUGAAGGCACCUGGGAAGGAAAGGGGACGUAUGUCUAUUACACAGAUUUUGUCAUGGAGCUCACUCUCUUGUCCCUGGACCUCAUGCACCACAUUCACAUGUUGUUAUUUGGCAACAUCUGGUUGUCCAUGGCCAGCCUGGUCAUCUUUAUGCAGCUGCGCUACCUGUUCCACGAGGUCCAGCGCCGGAUUCGUCGGCACAAGAACUAUCUGCGUGUGGUUGGGAACAUGGAAGCCAGGUUUGCAGUCGCAACUCCAGAGGAACUGGCUGUCAAUAAUGACGACUGUGCAAUCUGCUGGGACUCCAUGCAGGCUGCAAGGAAGCUGCCCUGCGGACAUCUUUUUCACAACUCCUGUCUUCGUUCCUGGCUAGAACAAGACACCUCCUGUCCGACAUGCAGAAUGUCUCUUAACAUUGCUGACAAUAACCGUGCCAGGGAAGACCAUCAAGGAGAGAACUUGGAUGAGAAUUUGGUUCCUGUAGCAGCAGCUGAAGGCAGACCUCGCCUAAACCAACACAAUCACUUCUUCCACUUUGAUGGGUCCCGGAUCGCGAGCUGGCUGCCGAGCUUCUCGGUGGAAGUGAUGCACACCACCAACAUCCUUGGCAUCACGCAGGCAAGCAACUCCCAGCUGAAUGCCAUGGCUCAUCAGAUUCAAGAGAUGUUUCCCCAGGUCCCAUACCACCUUGUGCUGCAGGACCUACAGCUGACACGCUCGGUUGAAAUCACAACAGACAACAUUUUAGAAGGACGGAUUCAAGUACCUUUUCCCACACAGCGGUCAGAGAGCAUUAGACCUGCCUUAAACAGUCCUUUGGAAAGGCCAAGCAAUGACCAGGAAGAGGGAGAAAGUUCUUCUCAGACUGAGCGUGUGCCACUGGACCUCAGUCCUCGUCUAGAAGAGACACUGGAUUUCAGCGAGGUGGAAGUGGAGCCCAGCGAGGUGGAAGACUUUGAGGCUCGGGGAAGCCGCUUCUCCAAGUCCGCUGAUGAGAGACAGCGCAUGCUGGUUCAGCGUAAGGACGACCUCCUGCAGCAAGCUCGAAAGCGUUUCUUAAACAAAAGUUCUGAAGAUGACACGGCCUCAGAGAGCUUUCUCCCCUCAGAAGGAGCGUCCUCUGACCCUGUGACCCUGCGUCGAAGGAUGCUGGCUGCUGCCGCCGAACGAAGACUUCAGAAGCAGCAGACCUCCUAGCGCUUCCUGGCCUGCCGCAGCCGCUCCUCUGGGGCCCGUGCUGGAGGGAAGAGGCCUGUCCCAGUUCUGCCCGCUGUCGGAGGAGCGGGCUCGACUGCAUUGCCGCUGUAUAAAGCAUGUGGUCUUACAGUGUUUGGACCGCUGACAAAUUUAAUCCUUCUUUGUAAUACUUUCUACGUGACAGUUCUCUUCCCCAUAGAAACACUGCACAUUUUAACUCUAGGCUUGGUAUCUUCUGGCACUGACUGGACUUGUGGGGUGGGGGCGACUCAGGAAGUGGGCAGCUCUGAUAACUGCUCUAUGCGUAAGUCUCAGCCAAGGCGGUGUCCUGAGUGCCACUCCUGGCAGGAAGAGCAGGAAGAACGUGUGUGGGGAGAGCGCAGCGUGAGCCUGACUCCACACCACGGGCCACAUCUGCUGUCAACUGCUUCUGUCCUUGUCGAAGCAAGCAGAAUGUGCCAGAGGCCACACCCACGGGCUCUUGGACCCUUGAGCUGGCGGGGUGUCCUGGAAGAACUCUUGAUUUGAUACCUGGAGCAGAGGAGGAGAGAGCCCAGAGCUGCGGAGUACGCAGAGGUGACCCCUGUCCCGUUACAUUUGGGACAGACUUUCUGAGCCCCCAGUCCAAAGCCGGCUUUGUUUCCGUUAACUCUGGUGCUCUUGCAUCUCCUGAGUACACUCUGUGUGUCUCUCCGCUCCUCCGCUUUUCCUCUCCAUUCCUCCGAAUGGGGAAAGGGUCAUGCAGCAAGCUUUGGUUUAUGGUUUUAAUUCCUGGGUCCAGUAAAUUAGGCGUUGCCCGAGCCUGUGGGUUUGGUUCUUAGAGAAGAUAUGGGCCUUGCAAAUUGGGAGAGCAAGUUUUGGAGGGCUUUAUAGGAGAAUAAAAGAAAAUUUUUGUAUCUUCUCUGGAGCCCUUCAUUUUCUUAAUUUUAUUCCUGUUGGUUUAAUGUAGAAAGGUAGGAUGUUGAAUGCACAUGUCUUGGAGCAGACCCAGGUCCCAAAUCUUUUCAAAUUCUUCACACAUUUAACUUUAAGGAUUUGAAACAUGCAAUCAUAGGUUACAUAGUUGAGUUUUAUGUCCCACUGGAUUAAGUUCUUUUAAUGUUUGGAAACAUAGUUUUAUGAUAGUCCUUUUGGAAAAAAUCCAGUAUUAUCCAAAAUUAUUGGCAAAAUUGAAUAUUUUACAUAACUGAAAGUUUUUAGAAUGUUGGAAAGUAAUUGAAAAAAGGGUAAUAGGUGGAUAUUUAGGCAGAGGUAAUUUAUUUCAAUAAAUCUCUCAAAAGCCUUACCUUGAAAUGCUGUUAGUAAAUUUCUGUGAUUUUUUUUUUAAUUUGUUUUGCUGAGAGCAUAGCUAUUUGUUUUUAUUGUAAAAUAAUAAUAAUAAAAAGCAAACUCU